AUGGAGAAUCGCGCGAAGACUGAUCGCCAUGCACCCCCGCAAUGCUCGUUCUCCGAUCAGGAGAUAUUCGAGAUCAUUGCCGAUAUUCGAAGAACUCCCCUGACAAGCCGCCUAUCCGAGGUACCACUGAAGAAGCGCGCUUCACUACACCUAAACUUCUACGACGGCCGAGAAGAUCCCAAGCAGUGGAUCACAUCCUUCAUGACGGCCAUGAGAAGACAGAAAUAUACAUCGCCGGAAGAACAAAGCGCGCACUUCUGCCAAGCCCUCGCCGAACACUUGCGCGGCGACGCCCUAACAUGGCGCACUAGACGACCUCGUCUUUUGCAAAACCGAUGA